AUGGCCGAGAAGCGGAGGGGCUCGCCGUGCAGCAUGCUAAGCCUUAAGGCGCACGCCUUCUCCGUGGAGGCACUGAUCGGCGCCGAGAAGCAGCAACAGCUUCAGAAGAAGAGGCGAAAGCUGGGCGCGGAGGAGGCGGCCGGGGCCUUAGAUGACGGAGGCUGCAGCCGCGGCGGCGGCGCCGGAGAAAAGGGCUCCUCUGAGGGAGACGAAGGCACUGCGCUCUCGCCGCCGGCUGGGGCGGCAUCCGGGCCCAUCCGGAGCUGCGCAGACCUGGAGCGGAGCUGCGGCUCCCGCGGAGCCGCGGGAGGCUGUGAGGACGGCUUCCUGCAGGGCGCUUCCCCACUGGCAUCCCCAGGAGACUCCCCGAAGGGGUCCCCGGUGCCCGCCCUGGCCCGGCCCGGGACCCCGCUGCCGUCGCCGCAGGCCCCGCGGGUGGAUCUGCAGGGAGCUGAGCUCUGGAAGCGCUUUCACGAGAUCGGCACGGAGAUGAUCAUCACCAAGGCCGGCAGGCGCAUGUUUCCAGCAAUGAGAGUGAAGAUAUCAGGAUUAGAUCCUCACCGGCAAUAUUACAUUGCCAUGGAUAUUGUGCCAGUGGACAACAAAAGAUACAGGUAUGUUUACCACAGCUCUAAAUGGAUGGUGGCGGGCAACGCUGAUUCCCCUGUGCCACCCCGGGUGUACAUUCAUCCGGACUCGCCUGCCUCAGGGGAGACUUGGAUGAGACAAGUGAUCAGUUUCGACAAGCUGAAGCUCACCAACAACGAACUGGAUGACCAAGGCCACAUUAUUCUUCAUUCUAUGCACAAAUACCAACCACGAGUCCAUGUCAUCCGUAAAGACUGUGGGGAUGAUCUUUCUCCCAUCAAGCCUGUUCCAUCUGGGGAGGGAGUGAAGGCAUUCUCCUUUCCAGAAACUGUUUUCACCACUGUCACCGCCUAUCAGAAUCAGCAGAUUACUCGCCUGAAGAUAGAUAGGAAUCCCUUUGCCAAAGGCUUCCGAGACUCUGGGCGUAACAGAAUGGGUUUGGAAGCCCUUGUGGAGUCAUAUGCAUUCUGGAGACCUUCACUACGGACCCUCACCUUUGAAGAUAUCCCUGGAAUUCCCAAGCAAGGAAAUACAGGUUCCUCCACCUUACUCCAAGGUUCUGGGAAUGGCGUUGCGGCCACCCACCCUCAUCUUCUGUCCGGCUCCCCUUGCUCGUCUCCAGCCUUCCAUCUGGGACCCAACACCAGCCAGCUGUGUAGUCUGGCGCCGGCUGACUACUCCGCGUGCGCCCGCUCCAGCCUAACCCUCAACCGGUACAGCACGUCCUUGGCCGAGACCUACAACAGGCUGACCAAUCAGACGGGCGAGACCUUCGCCCCGCCCAGGACUCCCUCCUACGUGGGUGUGAGCGGCAGCGCCUCGGUGAACAUGUCCGUGGGCGGCACGGAUGGGGACACCUUCAGCUGCCCACAGACCAGCUUAUCCAUGCAGAUUUCUGGGAUGUCCCCCCAGCUCCAGUACAUCAUGCCUUCACCCCCCAGCAACGCCUUUGCUGCUAACCAGACACACCAGGGUUCCUAUAACACGUUCAGGUUACACAGCCCCUGUGCCUUGUAUGGAUAUAACUUCUCCACAUCCCCCAAACUGGCUGCCAGUCCUGAGAAAAUUGUUUCUUCCCAAGGAAGUUUCUUGGGGUCCUCACCGAGUGGGACCAUGACGGAUCGGCAGAUGUUGCCCCCCGUGGAAGGAGUGCACCUGCUUAGCAGUGGGGGUCAGCAGAGUUUCUUUGAUUCUAGGACCCUAGGAAGCUUAACUCUCUCAUCAUCUCAAGUGUCUGCACAUAUGGUCUGAUGAAGCCUUUAAGUUAAACUACAUUGGAA